AUGCCAUCCACGCGCCAUGAAGUCAGCGACCCUCCCCACGCCAAGACGUCCGACUCCGACUCCGAGGAGGGUCAAUACACGCUGGUGCUGGGUACAUUGGAGGAUGAGGCGGGAUACGAGCUGGAAAAGCUGGGACGACGUCUUCACGAUGGCGACAGUCCUACUGCAGCAGGCGCAGAAGAUGAGGACGAAGAUGACGAGCAGGUUCCGCUUGCCGGAGGCCAUGCAGCUGUCACCUCCCAUCGACAGAGAAGGAGUAGUGCGCAGUCCUUCGAGCUAUACACUCCAGAUGAAGAGCGGCGGGUGCGAUGGAAGCUGGAUACUCGUCUCGUGCUCUUCGUCGCUUUGCUGUACAUGAUGGUGAGUUCGUAAACAAAAGACCGUAUUCUACUCGUUCCCACAGCUAAGCCUUGUAGUCUUUUCUCGAUCGCUCAAACAUAGGUACAGCUCUCAUGCCAUCCCACACAACCUACAUCUCCAGUACUGACUAGACUCGAGGAAACGCCUACAUUGCUGGGCUCACGGAAGACCUGGAAAUCACAGACGAUCAAUUCGAUUGGCUCCUGACAAUCUUCUACAUCUUCUACAUUGCCUUCGAAUGGAUGACCCUCUGCUACAAGAUCUUCUCGCCGCAUAAAUAUGUCGCCAUCUGUGUCUUCGUCUGGGGAGCAGUGGCCUCUCUCCAAUCCGUUACCUCCAAUUACCCCCUCAUGCUCCUCUGGCGCGCUCUAUUGGGAAUAGGGGAAGCUGCAUUCGUGGGCAUGCCAUUCUACCUCACAUUCUUCUUUCGCAGAGAAGAGCUCGCCUUCCGCACCGGAAUCUUCAUCGCCGCAGCUCCUCUCGCUACCACGUACGCCAGCAGCCUCGCUUACGCAAUCGUCAAGCUAGGCAACGCCACGGGUAUCGCAAGCUGGCGCCUCCUCUUCCUCCUCGAAGGUUUUCCGGCUUGUCUUGUAGCCGUCUGGACCUGGUACUGGCUUCCAGACUCUGCAUCUGACCCUCGUUGCCUCUGGCUGACCGAGCGCGAACGGAAAAUCGCAACCUUGCGCAAACGCAACGAAACCUCCCGCUCCAAGCCCACCCACACCAAAAGCACAAGACUGGGACUCGAUUUCUCCGCAGUCGCCACGACCCUCAAAGACCCCAAAAGCUACCUGACGGCAAGCAUGUUCUUCUGCUGUAAUGUCGCCUUUAGCAGCAUGCCCGUCUUCCUCCCCACCAUCAUAAGCCAAAUGGGUUUCACCAAGGAAUCCUCCCAAGGUCUCUCCGCUCCUCCUUUCCUCUUCGCCUUCUUCGUCGUCCUCCUCACCGCCUGGCUCUCCGACAAGAUCCACUCCCGAAGCAGCUGCGUCAUCUUCCACGCCCUCCUGGCAUCCCUGGGCUACCUCGCCCUCACCCUGGAAGGACUCUUCGAUCUCGGCGACGUCCCACGCUAUCUAGCGGUCUUCCCCAUCUGCGCGGGUUUCUUCUCUGCCGUCACGAUUGUCAUUACAUGGACGGUGAAUAAUCAACAUACGGACGAAGGCAAAGGCACCGGGAUGGCAGUUUUGAAUACCUUUGGACAAUUGGGACCGCUGUUAGGAACGAGACUGUAUCCGGAUUCCCAGGCGCCGGAUUAUCUCAUGGGAAAUAGUAUCUGUGCGGGCGCGAUGGGUUUGGUCGCUAUUCUGGCCUUUGGGUUGAGAGUGCUCUUGCUGAGGGAGAAUAGGAAGAGGAAAGGGAGACGAGACGAGUUUGACUUCAUGAUAUAG